GCAGCGGCAUCAGCUACCGUUCCGUGUCAUCGUGUCUCGUCGGCUAUAGUUGAAGCAGGAGAUGGACGUUCUCGGGUCCGAAGCGACCGUAUUAUCGGUCGUCUUGGCGCUUCUGAUCGUGGUCAUUACUGUAGUUUUCGUGCUUCGCCGGAGUAGAGGAGGACGCUCGAACGUACUCAUCUGCGGCAUAUCAAACGCUGGUAAAACAGUGCUCUACGCUCAUCUGUGUUCAGGAAAAACCGUCCAAACAUAUGUGUCCAUCAAGGAGAAUCAGGGCCAGUUCGAACAUCCGAGUUCCGGGAAAGUGGUCAAACUCGUUGACAUCCCCGGCAACGAACGCCAACGCAUGAACGUAUUCGACAACUUCAAAUCCAGCGCGCGUGCGCUCAUCUUCGUAGUGGACUCUAUUAGCUUCAUGAGUGAACUCAAAGAUGUAGCUGAAUACGCCUAUUACGUUCUUUCGGAUCCCGAUACUUCGCGGCUGCCUGUUCUGAUCGCUUGCAACAAACAAGACGAUUCCAUGGCGAAGUCGAUCACCGUGAUCAAGAGCAAUCUCGAGAAAGAGCUCAACCUCCUCCGAAAAACUCAAUCUUCCAAGCUGGUGACGACUGAAGGUGCUCAGCUGGGGAGAGUUCUCGGCAGCGCACGCAAAGACUUCGAGUUCGCCGAUCUCAGCCAGACGGUCGACUUCGUCGAGUUCAGCUCUACCGCAGAUCGGACCCCCGUGCUCGAUUGGUUGAGCAAACUGUGAUGCCUCAUGUACAUGAAUACGAGAAGCGAUCAAACCCGACCCGAGUUGUUGUAAAUUAUCUGUUUGUUGCGUCCGGAGUCGCGUACUCGCCCUACGGCAAUCGAGGAAUAAAUCAA